ACGGCCGUGGUGAAGUACUGGCUGGGCGGGCCUGACCCGCUAGACUAUGUCUCCAUGUACAGCAACGCGGGCGACGAGCGGCGAGGCGUCCCGCCGCACUGGCACUACGUCUCGUUCGGGCUGUCGGACCUGCAUGGCGACGGACGCGUGCACGAAUCGAACACAACCGGCUUGAGUGGUUUUGGUUUCGAGCUGACGUUUCGCCUCCUACGGGAGAGCUGGGAGGUGGUGCCACCUACAUGGCCUGCGACAGUAUUGCAGUCUCUCGCCCGAUAUGUCUUCCAGUCUGAGAACACGUUUGUGCCAGGUGGGUGA